CUGCUGCCAAGGCUACUGUUGCUGGUUCCGAAGCAUCCGAGAAGUUGGCUGCUUUAGGUUACUAAACUAAAUUGUGUAAUUUAAGUAUACUCAAACGAUAGUGAAGAGUUUUCUCUAUACAUAAAACAUGAAAUUUUUAAUUUUAAUACAAGAAACUCCCCCAGGGCCCCAAUUCCGACGCGUCGAUGCCAGGACACCCCGAGCCACGGAAAAAGAAAAUUUCACUUCCGAGCCAGAUCAGAUCCGGUCCGAUCUGGCAGCUACGCAGAUAGAGCUACGCAGAUAGUGAGCAGCUCCAACUACAUCUACAACCAUGCUGACAACAGCACGCGGGCAGCCCACCGGCCACCGUGAAGGAAACGGCUUUUUCAUUCCGACAGCCUUCUGUUUCUGCCGCCCGGUAGUCUACAUCGUCCGAGAAAACACCGCACAGCGUGUCCGGGCCACCGAUCUGCCCCCAUCGCAGCGUAUCGCAGCGUAUCGCUGCAAACCCUGACACGCACCCACGCACCCACGCACGUACACACUGUAGUGUAGACAUCUCCGCCUCUCCCCUCCCCGUCGUGGCAAAACAAAAGGACUUGUCCUUCAGAUAGUAUCUGUGGACGGAGGGAAAGUGCCCCAGCUGGGAACCGCCCCUCGCUUCCCCUCCCGCAACUGACCAAUGGGAGCGCGGCGCAGGCGCCCCGCGGAGUACGUA